AUGCUUCAUCUAAAGCAAGGUGAUCCAGAACCGGUGGUUAAUCCAGAUAAACUCACAUUAUACGACUUCAAGUUUUGUCCUUUCUGCCAACGGGUUCGUUACACCCUUGAUUACCACCAUAUUCCGUAUGAUCGUGUUCUGAUAAACCUUAUCAGCAAACCCGAUUGGUACCUUCGAUUGCAUCCUGAGAGGAAGGUUCCGCUGCUACGAUUUCGUGGGGAACGACUUGUCGAGUCCGAUUUAGUGAUGCGUUUCGUUGACCAGUUUAAUGGUAAACCGGAAACCAGUUUGUUAAGCAUCUGUGGUGAGGAAGCCUUCCAAAACUCUUUGGCUCUUUCUGCUGAGUUGGCACGACCAAGAUUUCGAGUCGCUUACUGCCUCGACGCUUCAGCUGCUGACGUGGACGAGUUCGUUGCAGCUUGUGGCAAAAUUGAGGCAGCUUUAAAACGGCCCUACCUUUGUGGUGACAAAGUCAGCCUAGCCGACUUGGCUCUGGUACCAUUUCUCAACUACUGGCAUUUCACGAUGCAACGUCUCACCGAUCUCAAGGCGGACACAACGGAGGAGGGCAUUUCCACCACCUUUCCAAAGUUGUGUCAGUACCGUGAGGUGAUGCUGUGCCAGCCUUAUGUGGCUGCCACCGCCUGUGAUGAGAACGACUAUGCCAAGUUUGUCCAAUUCUGGCGCGCUAAACGCAAGUCUCCCUGGACGGUGCUGGUGGCCUCAAGGCGUCCACAUGACCUGGGAUUUUGUUGCCUUCGCCCAUGGCCGAGAGUAGACCAACCGGGUGUCUUUCGACAACACGUCUGGGGUCGUCGUCUUGUUGUUGAUGACGAUGAUACAGACCCUUCUCAUCAAUCCACCCUUCUCGUUCUUGCUCAUUCACCUGUGGCAAUGCCGGAUCAAACAAAUUGCGCUGGAGUUCCUUUUCUACUACCGGGAAUCGAAAAGGAGGUUCAGGGUGACAUCUCGUGUCUUAUGCCCGGUUGCAGAUAUGCUACUGUCUCGUUUCUGGAGGCCAAGUCAUUAAAUUGGCCAUUCUGCUCCACGGAUGAAUCUUUUAAUUCACCAUUCUAUCCGUCUACCAAAUCUGCCGCUUUCGCGACGCUCUGGAUUACCUUCGAUGCCAGGAGUCUCCUUCCGGGUCUUCACUCAAUCAGUUGUAACGGGAUCACGACUUUGCGGAAUCGAAUCGGUGAUCUCCCCUUCCUCUUAGUUCAAAAUCUCUCACUGGAACCUCCUCCUCCUCGUUAUUCCGCAAAUCCUCCCGAUCCACCUCCUCCACAAACCCUUUCCUCGCCAGGAUCGUGGAGUUCCAUCAAAUCAUGGGUUGUCAAAGCGUCCAACCAAAGCUACACUCUUCAUCUUCUUGGUCGAUAUUUCACUAGUCGUAAAACGACCCUUCCAACACUUCUUAUUCUAUCUUUUGCUCUUCAAUUGAUUCUAUGUCUUUUACUUGCCUUGGUAUUUCAUCUUCUCGCCUUUUCGCCCUCUUCUCAACGGCUUUGUCACACCUAUAGCCAAUCUAUGAAUCAACUUACCCUCCUUUUACGGUCUCUCCGCUCCAAGAACAUUUCCCACUCCAACGGAAGUUGUCUAGUUCUGCAUCACCUCAACAAGAAUUCAAGAAUUUGUUACGCUGCGGAGGGACCCAGCCAGCAAAAGCCUACAGACGUGCUGAAUUCUUUCGCAGCGCUAGCAUUAGACUCUCUUCAACAUGGCUGCGUCUCCGAAUUUGUUGCAUCUUCAAGUGAUUACUUUGCUUCGGAAUUGAAUCGUCUCCUCAUUUGGUUGGGCUCCUCCGAGCCUGCUGGCUGGAAGAUAAACCGAAAUCUCUCUCUUCUCAUGAGUCGAUUCUUCAUCUCCCACGUUGCUGCAUGGCGCGUCUACGUCCACUUCCUUAUUCAUAUCUCCUCCAGUACCAUUUACUGGAUCUAUUAUAUCUUUGUCGUUACUCUUCACGUUAAAUACUUCCAUCUCAUUGUCUUUCUUCUCUCUGAAGCCUUUCUGGAGGUUUAUUUGAACCGUGAUAACUGGAGAAACAAUCUUGUAGAUCUCUUCUCUUCCUCUGUCCGACUAGCUGCUGCGUUAGUAAUCUGCUUCUGCUUGGACCUUCUGGUUCUGGCAACUCUACAUCUCUCCUGUUUCUACGUUUAUACCGUUCGGGUUCAACUUCUUGCUGUUGCCGCAAGCUGGAGGCUAUGUCGAUCGGGUUCAAAGUGGAAUCCCCUACGGGGUCGUGUUGACUCAAUUCCCCAGAAUGACGACAUCCCACCAGUGGUGGCUAGUGCGGUUCUAGUGUCUGAGGAAAUGGAAGGCGAAGAGGAGAGCGUUGAAAAUGCUCCUAUGCCUUCCAGCCAGUCGCGACAUCUGGAUCGGGUGUUUGUGGCGACAUUUCUUGGAGUUGCGACGGGACUGUGCUUGCUACCAACAACGGUGGCUUUCUAUGCUACAUUUUCUGUGGUGAGUUUGCAAGCUGCCAACAUUUUGGAAACAUACCGCAUUCAUCAUCAGCGUCACAUCUACAUUGUCCUGGUCUGUGUGAAAGCCAUUCUUACUCGUAUUGUCUGUGUAAUUCUGGCGUUUCCGCUUGGAGCCGUCGUUUCUUGGAGUCUGGAUAACGCGUCUACUCGAACUAACCUCGUUAUCACAACACCAAUUCUGGAUUCUGUUCGUGUUCCAUUUCUUUCUAUGGAGUUGGUUAGAGGAAGUCUGAGAGAUACUGUGAAACGGCAUUCCCUAUUUGACACGGAGAAAUUGUUUGGAAAGCGAUACACUGUGGGCACGGUGCUAAAAAGACUCGUUUGUGCCAAUCUGCUUUACCCCCUAUCGGAGGACUGA